CAUUCAUCCACAUCCACGCUGUCUACCUUUCAUCAACCCGGAAACCAAAUCUCGUUAUCACCAACACCCACAGAUCAUCAAUUAUCUUAUACGAAUUAUCUUUUGAGCAAGAUGGCGCUUAAUAGCUUCUUUCAUAAUAAGAUCGAAUCCCUCGAGCUUGAGAUUAUUGAGAGGAAUUCAAAACUGAGGAGAUUGGAAGCCCAGCGAAAUGACUACAAUUCAAGAGUUCGCCUCCUCCGCGAGGAGCUUGGGUUGCUCCAACAGCCAGGGUCUUAUGUUGGGGAAGUGGUGAAAGUGAUGGGGAGCAAGAGGGUUUUAGUGAAAGUACAUCCAGAGGGGAAAUAUGUUGUCGAUGUGGCCGAUAGCGUCGAUAUAUCUAAGCUCACUCCCGGAAAACGUGUGACUUUGCUUUCGGAUACCUACCGAUUAGAGAAGAUGCUACCGAGCUCGGUUGAUCCUCUUGUCUCCCUCAUGAUGGUCGAAAAAGUCCCCGACAGCACAUAUGACAUGAUUGGCGGUCUUGAUCAACAAAUUAAAGAAAUAAAAGAGGUCAUUGAGCUCGGAUUAAAGCAUCCAGAACUGUUUGAAUCUCUUGGGAUCGCUCAGCCGAAGGGUGUGCUUUUAUAUGGGCCUCCCGGAACCGGGAAGACACUUCUCGCUCGUGCGGUGGCCCAUCAUACUGACUGCCGUUUUAUCCGUGUAUCGGGCUCUGAGCUGGUGCAAAAAUAUAUCGGCGAAGGAUCUCGGAUGGUUAGAGAGCUGUUUGUUAUGGCCAGGGAACAUGCUCCGAGUAUCAUUUUCAUGGACGAGAUUGACAGUAUUGGUAGUAGCCGUGUUGAGGGCAGCUCCGGUGGCGACUCUGAAGUUCAGAGGACCAUGUUAGAAUUGCUCAACCAACUGGAUGGUUUUGAGCCUACAAAGAACAUUAAAGUUAUCAUGGCAACGAACAGAUUGGACAUCUUGGAUCCUGCUUUGCUAAGGCCCGGGCGAAUUGACCGAAAGAUAGAAUUUCCCCCUCCAACUGUUGAGGCUCGCGCAGAUAUCCUUCGAAUCCACUCUAGGUCAAUGAAUCUUACCAGAGGGAUUGAUCUCAAGAAAAUCGCGGACAAGAUGAAUGGAUGCUCCGGUGCUGAACUUAAAGGUGUAUGCACGGAGGCAGGCAUGUACGCCUUGCGAGAACGAAGAAUCCACGUAACGCAGGAGGAUUUUGAUUUAGCGACGGCCAAGGUUCUAAAUAAGCAUGAUGACAAAGAAAUGAGUUUGUCUAAAUUGUGGAAGUAGAUGGACAACUCUCUCUGUACCUUAAUUGCAUUUGAUCUUUGAUAAAGGCUAGGUUUUUGUCGUUGCCCGUGUCAUGAUUGUUGAUCGAACAGGGUUGUGAUUUCCUUAAAUAGAAAAUCCUAUCGUGGUUAUGUAAAGUAUUUGAAUACCCUCGAUUUCACGACAUUGCUUUCAUCUCGCUAUUGUCAGAGUCCCUUUUUUUCUUUCUUUUUCAGUCGAGGGGCCUUUUGUGAGUACUUGAGUAGUACAAAUUCUCACUCGUCCACAUUUAGUGGUCGAAUGGUAACGUACGGUACAUUACCAUACUUUAUCAUACUAAGGGUAUUCAAAGUUAAAAAUACAAAAAAUCCUUAGCUUACUUUGUUGUUUCAUGUAAG